AUGGAUUUAAGAGAUUCAUGGACUGUCUUCUUUCUGUUUUGUAGCUUCUUGGUUGUUGCUUUCUGUGGACAAGAUGGUUUCUUGAGUCUAUCAUGUGGUGGAACAACAAGCUUCAAUGAUUCAUCAAACAUUUCAUGGCACUCAGACACUCCUUACAUAACCAAUGGAAAAACAACCACCAUCAAUUACUGCGAUGGUUCCUCGUCAUCAAAUGUCUCGGCUCGAUUCUUCCCUCAUUCCAGAGGUCACGCAUGCUAUCGGAUACCAGUGAACAAUGCAACUAGUUUGAUUCUUGUUAGAGCGAAAUUUGUAUACAAAAACUACGAUGGACUUGAAAAACCGCCUAUUUUCUAUGUUUCUCUUGGGACAGCUAUUGCUGCUAAGAUAAAUUUGGCCAAAAAUGAUCCAUGGAUAGAAGAGUUUCUCUGGGAAGUUAAUAAGGAUACAUUGGUUUUCUGUUUGAAUCCGAUUCCAAGUGGUGGUUCUCCUGUAAUUUCUUUACUCGAAAUUAGGCCUCUUCCUAAAGGAUCUUACACAAAGGGUAAAGAAGAUUUCUCGAAUAAAUUACUUCGGAUGAGUUAUAGAAUUGAUUGUGGACACAUCAAUGAGUCUAUAAGGUACCCUAUCGAUCCAUAUGAUAGAAUAUGGAAUGGUGAUAGAAGUUUCAUACCUUUUCAUGAUACAAGAGGGUUUAAGAUUCAUAAUAGCUUCAAUCAAUCCAAUAUUGUGGAGAAACCGCCGUCUGCUGUUCUUCAAACUGGAAGAGUCUUGGCACGACGAAAUACGAUGGCAUAUAACCUCCCUCUUGAGGGAUUAGGGGACUGCUACAUCAUCCUCUAUUUCGCUGGAAUUCUUCCUGCGUUUUCCUCAUUUGACGUGUUCAUAAAUGGAGAUAUUGUAAAGUCAAACUAUACAAUAAAUAGAUCAGAAAUCAGUGCUUUAUAUAUUACUAGAAAGAGGAUCAACAACUUGAAUAUAACACUAAGAAGCGUCAACUUCGACCCUCAGAUCAAUGCAUUCGAGGUAUAUAAUAUGGUUGAUAUUCCGCCUGAAGCCUCCUCAACCACAGUUUCAGCAAUGCAGGUUAUUCAGCAGUCGACUGGCUUGUAUCUAGGAUGGCAAGAUGAUCCAUGCUCCCCUUUUCCAUGGGAUCACAUAGAUUGUGAAGGAAACUUAGUUACAUCAUUGACUCUCUCAGACAUAAAUUUGAGAUCAAUUAGUCCAACAUUUGGUGACUUGUUGGACCUUAAAACAUUGGAUUUGCACAACACGUCACUUGCUGGCGAAAUCCAGAAUUUGGGUAGCUUGCAAAGUCUUGCAAAAUUGAACCUUAGUUUCAAUCAGCUGACAUCCUUUGGUGUAGAGCUGGAAAACUUGAUAAGACUUCAAAUUUUAGAUUUGCAAAGUAAUAGUCUCUCCGGAUCAGUGCCGGAUAGCUUGGGAGAGAUAGAAAACCUCCACUUACUGAAUCUAGAAAACAACAAACUACAAGGUCCACUUCCACAGGCUUUGAACAAAGACACUAUAGAGAUCAGAACAUCUGGAAAUUUGUGCCUUACUUUUUCCACAGCCGUGUGCGAUGAUGCAUCAUCGAAUCCUCCUUCAAUUGAGGCACCGCAACUGAUUACAGUUCCCGGAAGGAAGAACCAUGGACAAAACCAUCUAGCAAUAAUACUUGGCACAGUUGGAGGAGCUGCGCUUACCAUUUUCCUAAUAUGUCUUUCAGUAUUUAUAUACAAAGCUAAAAGAAGAUAUGAAGCCUUACACAAAACUAGGGAAGAAACUGAUGUCAGGAACUGGGGUGCAGAAAAAGUAUUUACCUACAAAGAAAUCAAAGUAGCUACUAGCAGUUUUAAGGAAAUCAUAGGAAGAGGAAGUUUUGGAUCUGUUUACCUUGGAAAGCUUCCAAACGGAAAAUCAGUUGCUGUCAAAGUUCGGUUCGAUAAAUCCCAACUCGGGGUUGAUUCUUUUAUCAAUGAGAUUCAUCUCCUGUCAAAGAUCCGCCAUCAAAAUCUCGUGUCUUUGGAAGGAUUUUGUCAUGAAUCAAAGCAUCAGAUAUUGGUUUAUGAAUACUUGCCGGGUGGAUCCCUGGCUGAUCACCUCUACGGUGCAAACAGCUAUAAAACUCCGUUAAGCUGGAUGCGAAGGUUGAAAAUUGCUGUCGAUGCGGCAAAAGGAUUGGAUUAUUUGCAUAACGGAAGUGAACCGAGAAUCAUACACCGUGAUAUCAAGUGUAGUAACAUCCUCUUGGACGUAGAUUUGAAUGCCAAGGUCUGUGAUUUCGGUCUCUCUAAGCAGGUAACCAAAGCAGAUGCAACUCAUGUCACCACUGUCGUCAAGGGAACUGCUGGUUAUCUAGACCCGGAGUAUUAUUCUACUCAACAGCUUACUGAGAAAAGUGAUGUAUAUAGCUUCGGAGUUGUUCUAUUGGAACUCAUUUGUGGAAGAGAACCAUUGAUUCACUCGGGGACUCCUGAUUCAUUCAAUUUGGUUUUAUGGGCAAAACCCUAUUUACAGGCGCGUGCGUUCGAAAUUGUGGACGAAAGAAUACAAGGAACUUUUAAUCUAGAGAGCAUGAAGAAGGCAGCCUCUAUAGCUGUGAAUUCUGUGGAAAGAGAUGCAUCACAGAGACCACCUAUUGCUGAAGUAUUAGCAGAGCUAAAGGAAGCUUAUGAUAUUCAGCUCAUAUUUUCGGAGUCAUGUGAAAAUGAGAAUUGA